AUAAAAGCCUCAUCAGUCUCUCUUAUUAUAUUCACCAAACUCAUAUCAACACUAAAACCUCAUCACACUUCUUCACUCGGUGAAUCUUUCUUCAGGCCUCUUCAUAACAGAAAAAAAAAAUGAUGUCUUACGUUGCUAACUUGGUCAUCAAGAGUUUUGACCGUGCUUCCGUGGUGUAUGUUGAAGAUGUGGUGGAUAGCUCUCGAGCGACAUGUGUUGAGAAUGGUGGUGAUGACGAUGACAGUGGCUAUGAUUAUGCUCCUGCUGCGUGAUUGUCUCCUAUUAGUAUAAUGUAAUUUAGAAGAAAAAAAGAGAGAGAGAGAGAUGAUAAGAUAAUUUAGAUAUUAGUUAGACCAUUUAUGUACUAGAUUGUGUCUCGAGUUUUCUUGUCAAUGAGCAAACAUGGUUUCCUAGUGUCUUAGUCCUUAACCACAAUCACUUUUUUUUGUCUCUUAAUUUUGAAAGUUAUCAGUGUAACAUUCACUUUUACUAAUUUUUAAGUGGUUAGUAUUCACUUUCUUCAUUCACCCAAGAUUAAAAAUUUCACUCGAAGAAAUCCGGAUCUAAAGUUUGAACCAACUGGUUCAUCAUUCAAGAUGUGAAAAUUUUACAAUUUGAAAGUAUACCAAAGGGGAGCCAUACAUGUAUUUCAUUAGUUCAUCAAUUUCUCUAAUUUUUGUUUUAAUCUUCUUUGGUUAAUGAAUUUGUACAUUAAUCGUUAUUAGCUCAUCGUAUCUAUUUAUCCAUCCAGAGCGGCAGACCCAAACUAGUUUGUAAUAAUUAGGUGUUUGUAUACAUGUAGAUAAAUACCAUAAGAAACACCUCGACACUGU